GCUCAACAGGUGUUGAGACAGUGAUAGGGAUCUUGGGCGGGUUUCAGUCAGUGGUGUCACUUCCGGUCUCACCUGUCGGGCAGGUAUCAAACAUGGAGGACAAAUACAGACCUGCGACAUAAACGCGACUCAUACCUGCUCAGAUAUCUGCUGAUACUCACUCAUAAUCCCUCGCAUGUGGUCAUAUAUGUCCAGUUAUUUGUCAUGGAUGUGAACGGAAGCUCGUUUAAAGCAGGAUUAUCGUGUCUUGUCGUCGGUUUCGUGCUGUUGAGGAGCGUGUGUAGUAUCUCCGUAAAGGCUCCAGCAGAGAUCAGCGUGGUCAGAGGAGCCACCGUCACCCUGUCCUGCUCCUUCACCUCCUCCAGUUCCAUCACCAGCCUCAUGUCCGUCGACUGGACCGUCAGACACGAGAGCAGUGGUCCUGCCAUACUGUUCUUUCACUUCUCGUCUCAAGCGUACCUGCCGAAUGAGGAUUAUUUUAAGGGUCGUGUGAAGUGGGUCGGCAGCCCGUCGCGCGGCGAAGCAUCAAUCCAGCUGCUGAACGCCUCGCUCACUGAUAACGGCACAUACACCUGCGCCGUACGCAACCCUCCUGAUGUCCACGGACACCCGGCCCAGACCGUCCUCACGGUCACACCGCAGAGACGCUCGCUGGCGUUCACGGAUGUCGGCGUGCUGCUGGUGUUUGUUCUGGUGCCGUCAGGAAUCAUCACGCUGGUGCUGCUGGGUCGAAUCCUGUGUCCGUGCUGGUCCGUGUCAGAGAAGAGUCCCGCCGCGGCCCAUCACUCGUCCAUCGAGGAGGCCUCUGGGGAUGAGCGUUUCUACGGCCAGACGCAACAGAAACACACCCAGUGCUGCUGCUACUUUAAGGACUUUGAAUAUGAGGACGACUACAUGCAUGAGAAACCGCGUGAACACACCUUCACCGAGUCACAGUGUUAGACCAACGACUGUGUGUGUGUGUGUGUGUGUGUUUUGCAUGGAUGAAGUUUACUAAACCCCAGACACCAUUGUGCUGAUGAGACUUCCUGUUUGAGUGGGUGAUUUUGGUAAUUUCUGACAUUGUUUAAUGGACUUUGUUACUGUAAUCUGGCUUAAAUGACUAUUGAAGCGGAGCUGACUGGACAUCAGUGAUUCUGCACACAGCUUCACCUCAGACGGUCACAUGAUCACUCUCGGGAGAGAUUCGAGCGUUCUGAUUGGCUGAGAUCUGAUGUGUAUGUGCUUGUUACUCUGAUGUACAGAUCCUGUUUGUUUAGAUAAAUAUGAAAUAUAACUUUAACAUUAUGAACUUUAACAUUAUCUUUGAUCCGUGUCUCAUGUAACAACCAUCAUAGAACAACGUGAGCAUCUGUAAGUCUGUCGCUGUUUGCUGCUUCUGGCAUUUUCUCCAUUCCUGUUGGAGGCUUUAUUACUGACGGUGACGCUGCUGAUUUCAGCUGUUUAAUUAACGAGAAAGCUUUCAGUGAAUGCUGAAAUAUGACCAUGUUCAUUAAUUUCCAUGCACUGUACAGCAGGUUGAUCCUCUAUAAUAGCUUUGAAUGCAGGAUGUUUGUAACUCGCUAAACAGGGUUUAACUGUUUUCACUAUUUUUUUAUCGUAUUAAGUAUUAAGGUCAAAUAUAUUGUAGUAUAAUGAACAAAAUAUAAAUAAAGAGCAUUUAAA